AGGGGUUGAGGAAGGAGGAGAGGACAAGGUGACCUCCUCAGCCAAACAGAGAGAGGGUGUCUCGGUGCUGCUUGGAGCACACGGGGAGAGCUGUUGAUAAUAUAAAGUGAAGCGCUCACAACUCAACUGAACUUUGGGAUAGUUUUAAAGAAGGAUAUCAAGACCUGCAAGGUUCUCGAGAUAUCAGACUGACCGAAUGAAGCGCUCACAACUCAACUGAACUUUGGGAUAGUUUUAAAGAAGGAUAUCAAGACCUGCAAGGGAAUUGAACCGUCGACAGGCCCGACCAGAAGCACCAUGACCAGUGUUAACUCCCCCGCCUGCCUCCUGGCUCGUAACCAGUUCUAUCGAAACAAAACAAGCCCAACAGAGAGUAUAAAGCCUACUGCAGUCUACAGCUUCUCUGAUUGGUCGAUGCUCCAAGUACUGGUCUGGGUGACCAUGUCAACACAACCAGGGUUCCCAGGAGCAGGGGGGAUAUCUAAAGGAUGGUGGGUCAGUGUGGUUCUGGGGAGCCCCAAACCACGCACCGUCCCGUCCAGCGCCCGUCCAGCCCACCGCCCUGCGCACUCCAGCCCACCACCCCUCCAGCCCACCCCAGCCCAGCACCCUCACCCGGCGCCCCCAGUCCAGCACCCCGGUCCAGCACCCCCAGCCAACAGAGCGGUCCAGUGCCCCCAGCCCACCCUCACCCGGCGCCCCCUGUCCAGCGCCCCAGUCCAGCGCCCCGGUCCAGCGCCCCGGUCCAGCGCCCCUGUCCAGCGCCCCGGUCCAGCGCCCCUGUCCAGUGCCCCGGUCCAGCGCCCCCAGCCAACAGAGCGGUCCAGUAGAGACACACCACCACCAAUCAAUAGGUUGAAACACACAAAGGGAAAAGACUCCACAAGGAAGACAAGGGAGAAGACACCUUCCACUCUGUCUGUCCUCUCAGCACAGAAAUAUGGACUUGAUCAAGCCAGUCGGUGUUGGACCUGUUUCACAUUUUGCGUCACACCAAAAAGAAGGGAUUUCUGCAAGCUCUCUUAAAACAGACGUCAGCCUUUAUUCAGCCUCUAUUCGCCGAAGCGUUACAGAUCGCACGCUAUCGAAACUUAAAGGCCAUUUCUGAUUGAGCCGACAUAUUUCAGCGUUUUACCGUGAAUGCAGUGUCCACGAACAUCGCCUUUUAAAAUGUCAAUCACGCCAUAACACUGAACCUCAGCGAUAUGGAUU